GGUGAAUGUGUGAACGGACGGACGGGACUCGACCGACAGAGCCUGUGUCCUCAAACCUGACAUGAACUGUAUCACCGGCUGCUUGUGUUUUGGGCAACGGUUUUCCUUUUGUGCUCAUGACUUUGGACGCGAGGUCACGGAGACAACAGAGUUAUCCUAGCCUCCGGUAACAAAAAAGACAAAAGAUUUUCGCAAACCUGGGGGCUUGAACACAACAAUACCGACAAUAAAGAGAGAUGACAGAGGGUCGGCUGUGUCAGGUGCUUCUGCUAGAUGACAGGCAGCUGGAACUGCUGGUCCAGCCAAAACUGUUGUCCCGGGACCUCCUGGAUUUGGUUUCAUCGCAUUUUAACCUGAAAGAGAAAGAAUAUUUUGGAAUAUCCUUCACAGAUGAGAAGGGUCAGACAAACUGGCUUCAACUGGAUCGUAGGGUGCUGGACCAUGACUUUUCCAAAAAGACUGGACCACUUGAGCUCAAAUUCCAAGUCAGGUUUUACAUCGAGAGUGUUGCAUAUUUGAAAGAUGCUACCACCGUUGAACUGUUUUUCCGGAAUGCUAAGAUAUCUAUCUACAAUGAAAAUAUUGAAGUGGAGAGUGAGAUCGUUUUUAAGUUAGCCGCAUACACUGUUCAGGAGGCAUACGGAGACUACACAAGUGAUGAAAGUACAAGAUCAGACUUAAAAAAGCUUCCAGCUUUCCCCACUGCGGUAUUGAAGGAGCACCCGUCAUUAGUAUUCUGUGAAGAUAAAGUAAUCGAGCAUUAUAAGAAGCUGAAAGGCCUUAGUCGUGGACAGGCUAUCGUACGGUAUCUGACCUUAGUUGAGUCUUUGCCUGCAUAUGGAGUUCAUUACUACAAAGUGAAGGACAAACAGGGCAUACCGUGGUGGCUGGGGGUUAGCUACAAAGGCAUUGGCCAGUACGACCUGCAAGACAAGCUCAAGCCACGAAAGCUCUUUCUGUGGAAACAGCUUGAAAACCUGUAUUUCCGAGAGAAGAAGUUUGCUGUAGAAGUCAACGAGCCUCAGAGAAGAACAGCUUCUAGACGCACAUUUGGUCAGUCUGGUCAGGUCAUCUACUCGUGGUAUGCCAGCCAUUCUCUGAUCAAAACCAUCUGGGUGAUGGCAAUCAGCCAACACCAGUUCUACCUGGACCGCAAACAGAGCAAAGCUAAAAUAACUUCAGCAAGAAGUUUGGGGGAUAUUGCCAUGGAUCUCACAGAGACUGGAGCUCCAAGGAACAGUAAGCUGGUCAGCAUGGAGAGUAAAGACAAGCUCAUCAUGGCCAGCAAUGGAAGUUUGGUCUCUUCCAAUUCCAUAGACAAUGAAGUGAAUGAGGAACAGAAGAAAGAGAAGAUUGCAGAACUGAAGAACAAACAGGAGAGCAUAAAAGAAAUUCUUGCACUCAAGGAAGAAGAGCUGAAGAAAAUUUGCCUCCGGGAAGCUGAGUUAACCGGUGUGUUACCUAAGGAGUAUCCUUUGGCACCAGGAGAGAAGCCCCCCACUGUUCGAAGGCGCGUGGGAGCUACUUUCCAAUUGGAUGACCUUUUCCCUUAUGAUGCAGACCCUCAUUUAAGAAACCUGGAGAGCUGCUUUGCGCUCCAGAAAAAGAUUGUGGAGGCAGCGAAAAAACUUGCCUAUGAAAAUGAGCUCUGUAAAACGAUGAAGAAGAAACGCAGGAGAAACCUACUGGAUGCUACCAAAAAACUCCAGGGGAUCGAAAAUCAGAUUAAUGAUUACAGAGUGAAGAUUGGCAAGGAGCCCACACAAAGAGCUUCUGUCAUCAUUGCUGAUGAUGUAAACCUUGACAGCCUUUCUGACUGCCUGAAUUUGGAAGAUGACGAGCCAUUGCAGAGACAUUCAGUGCAGUAUUCUCCACGUCCCAACUCCUCAAACUCCUUUGCUGCAUCAUACCAUUCAAAUCACAUUGAUCACACUCAUGACAACUACCAGGAUUGUGGCAGACUAAAUUAUAGUCAAGUCCAAGAUCCUGUGGCUUAUAUGUACGGAGAUGCCUUAUCGACACCCAGCAGCCCUUACCGUCAACCCUCACGCCAACCCUCUGACUCGCGGAGCAUGCCCCCUACCCCUCAGCUUCCCCGCAAUGCCUACAGCAGCAUCCAGCUCAGCACUCAUUUUCGGCAGCGCAGCGGUAGUCUGGAAUCUCAGUCAACAAUCCCUACGGAGAGUGAGCCACCCGAGCCUGUCUUCACCAUCUCUCCUCCUCGCCGUAGCAAUAGUACUGAGAUACUUGAUGAUGGCUCCUCCUACACCAGCCAAUCCAGCGUGGAGUACCCUGUACCUGGCUGCCAUUCACGUGCUAAAAACCGCCAUCGGCGAAGGCAGGGCAACAUAUAUGCCAACACAGGCAGCAUGCCCAACCUUGCACAGAAUGACACACAGGGAUAUACACCCCAACCUCGGCAACAACCAACCACCACAGCCUAUUACGUUACUGGAUAUCCACGUUACAUCGAACCUGAGGUGUACCCAAAUGGACCGUACAUGUAUGAGACUGAGAUGGAGGGACACUAUAAUGUUAACCCUUCCUACUACAGACACAACCCUCAUGGGAACUAUGGCCAGGAUGAGAUAGAUGGUUUGGCUCAUAACCUUUAUGCCACAUUAAGGCCGUCAAGGAACCGUCCUCCAUCCAGGAUUGAGAAUCCUGUCACAAACAAUCAAAGGGCUGAAGUGGUGGAACACUUGCGUGUUUGGUACAACCGACAGCAGAGACAACAAGGGUAUGAAGCCUACAGGGGGCCGCAGCAGAAUCUGGGCUAUAGGACCAUGUCAUCAAGAUAUGUACGCAAUGACAGUACAACUUCCUACUCGACAGUUGCUUCGGAAAACUGGCACAGUCGACCAGUCAUGGCAAUGUCAGAGUAUGAUAUGCCUCCCGCACACCCUCAGUCCUACGGCUACAACUCUGUCCAUUACAGUCAACCAUUACACAGCAGCAGCCCUGACCCCCAUCUGCUGGCUCCACAUCCUCACCCUCUUAUGGACAGAUACCCACCCGAGUAUGGGUGGAUGACUCCGGGCAGGAGAAGCCCAUUGCCAGUGCCUUUAGAGGUGCCUGGUGCAGUUGCCAGCGGUUAUGACCCGGAAUACAUUUAUACUCAUUUCUAGUGACUCAGACAACAUGUAAAACAUUGAUCUUAUAUAGAUGUCAACCACCAUGAUUCACACACGAGCAGCCCAAUGGACAGCAGCUUUGACUCUGAAGACCAGCAGACACUCUAUUGGCAUGAGAACUCCAAACCUGGAACAAUAGUGUAGAGACUGAGAG